AUGAAGCGAUGCGUUCACGCCCCAGAUAUCAGGGUCAGCGAAGCCGUGGAACGCGGAUACGCCCAGAGUUGUUCCUGCGGCGGCACCCUUGGCGAUGCUGGUGCUCGUGCGAUAGGCGCAAGCAGCGGCGCGCUGGGUGUAGCAGCGGUACUGAUGCGGGCUUCGCCACGUGUGCAUCGCACGCCCCGGUACGUCCGAGAACAUUCAGGCCGGGAAGCGGCUUGCCACCGUAGCUGGCAAUCGUCUCUCGCGGAACUGCAAACUCGUGGUUCGAUGGGGCCGACGGUCGCCACCAUACCCCGCAAACUGGUGGCGCUGGGUGCGAAACCUUCUGUGUGGCUUGAAUUCACACCGCUCGCUGCUGCGCUACGCGCUGUGAACCUAGGUCAGGGCUUCCCCGACUGGGAGCCCCCAGCGUGGGUCGCUGGGGCUGCGAAAAACGCCGUUGCGGACCUGGCCCCAGAGACGCAGCAGUACGCGAGGUCACGGGGUCAUCCGAGACUGUUGGAAACGAUUGCGGACGUGUACGGACGCUUGCGCUUCCACGGCAGAAGGUUGGACCCGAAUAGAAACGUGCUCGUCACGAACGGUGCAUCUGGCGCCAUUUACCUAGCGAUCUCUUGUUUGGUUGACGAUGGCGACGAAGUGGUCGUAUUCGAGCCCACUUUCGAUAUAUAUAUGGGUGCCAUUCGGUUGGCGGGCGGCAUUCCGCGCUGCGUGCCGCUGGUAUGGCGAGCUCCUCCUCGUGCAAAGGUGGCGAACGAGGACGCGACCGAGCCCGCAUCUUGUGCUGCGGACUGGUGCAUCGACUGGGAGGCGCUGCGCGAGGCCAUCGGACCAAGAACUCGUGUUCUGAUGCUCAACACGCCGCACAAUCCGCUUGGAAAAGUCCUGACUCGGAAGGAGCUUGAACAGCUGGCGGAGUUGGUCCAUGCGCACCCGCAGGUCACGGUCGUGAGUGAUGAAGUCUAUGAGAAUAUUGUUUUCGAGGGGCGAGAGCAUAUUAGCUUCGGAACCUUGCCGCACAUGUUUGAUCGUUGCGUAUCGAUUUUCUCUGCAGGGAAAAACUUCAGCGUUACCGGAUGGAAAAUAGGAUGGAUGAUUGGGCCAGAGGAACUCAUUCAGCGUUUCCACGCGGCGCAGCAGUUUGUCGUAUUUUCGGUAUGUACGCCGAUGCAGGUGGCCGUCGCCGAAUGUCUAGCGGAGGCGGAACGUCGGCAUUAUUUCCGCGAACUGGCUGCGCUCUACCAGGAACGUCGGGACCAGUUGGUGGCGACGCUGCGUCAGAGCGGCCUUGAUCCAAUCGUUCCGCAAGGAGGCUACUUUGUCGUCGCGAAUUUUGGGAAACUGCCUGGGUUUACCAACCAGUUUCCUGCGGCUUUGAGUGCACUUGAAGGCGGUAGGGUGCCAGGGCUUGAGAUUGAUGACGCAACGCGCCAUCGAGCAGAUUAUAAUUUUGCGCGCUGGCUCAGUUUCGAGUGCGGUGUAACGCCGAUCCCGCUUUCGGCUUUCUUCUGCGAGCGGCAUGCUGAUCGGGCGAAUACACUCGUUCGAUUUGCUUUUUGCAAACAGUCUCAGGUUCUGGAAGAAGUAUCUCGACGUCUGCAACGAUUCAGGGACAUUUCGGGACGGUAA